AUGGCAGGAACGACAAGAUCGCCAACUUCACCUAUGCAUGCAGAACCCGGCAGUGCCCAACCUGGCGGGGGAAGGAAAAGGCCCGCACAAGCUGACGACGACGAGGGGGAGAAACCUCUGACCCUCAGCACACUCUUGGCAGCCCUGAAGGACAACCGCGAGGAGAUUGUGGCCCAAGUUCGUGAGGAUAUGGACAGCUUAGCCAGUAGGGUCAACACAGUCGAGCUUACGGUCGAAACCCACGUCGGCAACACUACCAAACUUUUGGAAGCCAUGACAGACCGACACUGUGCAAUGGAAGAGAGCGUGCGAAAAGUGGACAAUCGCCAGGGGGAAAUGCUUCAAAGGCUGGAACUCCUCGAAGGCAAAUUUGCGAAGGCGACUUUCUCGCUCUCCAGCACUCGCACCUCAGAGACCGAUGGAGGCAAUCCCCGACCUGCCCUCGUGGUCGGGGGAUGGGAAGCUGACCAACACCAUGAGGACACCCUCAGGCUCGUGAAACAACACCUUGCAGAGCUCAACGUGAACCUUGAUGUUGAGAAGGCAUUCGUGCCCGGCCUCCGCCGGGGAUUUGCCCUGGUCCCUAUCACGAAACUUGAGGGGGAGAGUGACGAAGAACAACGAGCUCGAGUCCAGGAAGUACUUCGAACCGUGAGAGCAGCGAAGAUCGUUACGGGACAGCGGCCAGAAGGGGGGAAUCGCUAUUUCUUCGCAGCACUCAGCCAAAGUCCAGAAAGACGCCGACGAGCGCAAAUGGCCGGCAAAGUCAAACGACUCAUCAUCGAAGAAGGAGGCGACCCCCGGAAGAUCGAAGUCGAGUACGGGACCGCAAACCUGUGGUAUAACACUGUGAAGAUCGCAUCGGGGGUGACCUCGGCACCAGAAGGCGCCACCACCGAGAAAGCAGGAUGGGUCCAUCUCGGCACCUUGGCCCGCCAAGUCGGCAUCUCGGAGGAAACCGCUACCUCCCGCUGGGGGGACCUCCGCAAGGAGCGGGCGGCCACUUUGGCCGACAGCCCGCCGUCCCAGUUGCACGUGCUUAGCUGGAAUGUCGGGGGACUUACCUCUGCGAAAGUACUGGACGUUCUCCUUGCACUCCGGCGACAUCGAAUUCAACCUUUUUCAGGAUCCCUGAUCGUGUUGAUCCAAGAGGUCAUCUGCGAGACGGGGAAACAACAUGCGGCCCUGGAUGACCUGCAGAUGAUCUUCGGCAAACGUUCCGAGGACUGGCGGGGGAACGCCGUUGUGCACACCGCCAACAUGCAGCACACCCGGGGAAAGAUCUUGCAUGGUGCUUUGUCGUGCACGCUUACUUCUUUGGACUUCAGGUUGGGAGCUUUUUCCGUUCAUAUCCCUCACCAUGCCACACUCUCAACUACAGAGCAAAUCCUACAAGAACUGCACAAUCAAACAACAUUCCACGGCAAGGCGAUCAUCGGCAUUGAUGCAAACGAAACUUUUGCCUGUGCAAGCCAGAACAAGCAAAUCAAAGCAGCAACAGCUCGAGGGGAACUCCUUUUGGACUGGCUCGAUGAGGAGUGCUUUUAUCUACCAUCGCAAGAGCUCCACAAAGCAAGCCACUACCCAUACAACACUGAGCUCCUUCCUCGCAGACUCGAUUACAUUUUUGUUAAGAGAUUGCUGUGUGAUUCAGGGGAUGUGCUUGCCCAGCGUGAUGUUGCAACUUCAGACCAUGAGCCUGUAUUUGUCCCUUUGGCACAGAUCCGUCUGGCCGCGAACACGAAGCGCGACCCUGCAACUUGGUCUGCCCGGCAACUGCUUAAAGGGGGACAGGUGGACCGUAUCCUCGACAAGGCAACAGAUGUCGGGGGAGAUCCUGUCACACAAUUGCAGAAAGUUGCAGUUGCCAUCACGAAGCCAGGAAAGAAAAAGGCGCCAUUCACCGAGAGUGCACAAUUGCGAGAAGUUCGGCGACAGGCCCUCGCCAACCCCCCGGGGGACAGGCGACGUGAUCUCUGGAAAUAUGCCAGAAAGCUGCACCUGGCAGAGCACAAAAGAUGGAAAAGACUGGCGAUGCAGAAAGUUGCGGAGCUCGACUGGGGGAUGAAGAAAGCACUUUUGGAACAAUCCCGGGACCACUCGUGGGAGCUUGGACUCACGGAAGAUGAGGCUUGGCGACAAAAACUCCGCGAACACUUCGAAAAGAUCUUCAACAAGCAGGACAGCCAAAUCGUGAAUCGGAGAAUACGAGAAAUCUUCGACCAGCUCACUCUGGCCUGCAAAUUCAAGAAGUGGGAGCCUUUCACCAUCGAAGACCUCCAGGCCAUCAAGGACAAGUGGCGGAACGGAAAGUCGUGCGGGCCGGACAUGGUCUCACACGAAGCACUGAAGGCCAUCCUCCCACACCCCGUUUGGGGGGAACGACUCCUGGCCAUCUUCAAUGAUAUGCUGUACACGGCACGAAUCGUGCCGAGUAUCGAGGCCGGAGUCACUAUUCUGUUGGCAAAGGUUACCCAGCCCUCCAACUGGGGGGAGACUCGCCCAAUAACCUUGAGCUCAGUCAUGCUCAAAACAUUUGGGCAACUACUUCUUCGCAGAGCCGGGGAAUCGAUCCAGGCACCGGCGAGGCUCCAAUGGUGUCGACGAGGCAGGCAAGGAGUCGAACUCAUCAUGAUCUUGAGGAGGCUCGCCCGUGUCGCCAGAGACUGGGGCAUGGAGUUUUAUAUUGCCAAACUGGACAUCCGCAAGGCCUUCGACUCCAUAUACCAGGAAAGCCUUGCCGAGCACGUCGCCUCCGUUGUCGGGGGGAAAGCAGACCUACCAUGGGAAGCCCGAGCGUGGGUGGCGAUGGUGCAUGCCCAGAAAAUCACUGUCGAAGUGGCGGGGGAAUCUAUCCCCCUCCAACAAAGCAAUGGCGUCCGCCAAGGAGCACCCGAAAGCCCCGUGGCCUUCGGGGCAAUAGUGGCGGAGGACUUAGACGCAGCAAUUCGGACCGCCAAACCGGCCAAACCUGCUGGAGACGAAGCUCCUCCCGAAGAUGGGGGAAGCUACAUGGACGACAACUACAUUUGGUCGGUGAACAAGAGGCACUUCCAGCAUAUGCUUAGUGCCCUUCACGAUCGACUUCCACGACGAGGCCUUUUCCUGCAUCCGGAAAAAACGGACAUCAUCAGCACGUCCGAGAAGCCUACCACCUUUAAAGUAGCGGGGGAAAUCGUCGCCACAAAGGGGCCUGAACACGCCUUCUACGUCCUCGGCAGCCCCCUCUCGUUCCAAGGGGGAACUGCGAUGUUGUUGGCGGAAGCACAGACCCGAGCAAGGAAGGCCUUCUGGUCACAUCGAGAAAGUUUUACAUCGGAUGCUACUUUCCGGCAGAAACUGCAGAUCCACGUCGUACUGGUGAGGCAGAGCGCCCUUUGGGCCUGCCAAACGUGGCCUUGCCAUAGCAGUCUGCUGCGCGCGGUGAACGCCAUCCAGCUUUCUCAGGUCAGGACCAUGCUGGGCUUGAGACGCCAGCCCUGUGAAGAGUGGGCAACAUGGAACAAACGCAGCCUCCGACGAAGCCGCCUGGCCCUCUACCAUCACGGGGGAACACGUUGGUCAACCUUUGUCCUAUCGCAAAUCUGGACAGCUGUCGGACAUAUAUGCAGAGGUGACCCAGUAGGGGGGAAAAUAUUCCAAUGGCACAGUCUACAGUGGUGGCAAGAACAGAAGGACAGGGGGAUUGAUGUGCAACACGCACAUCGCUUCAACGCCUACAUGGACAUUGACCGCCAGUUGAGCGAGACCGUCGGAAAAGGUUGGUUUUCGCUCGCACAGGACCGAGAGGCCUGGGCAGCCCAUGAAGCCAUCUUCAUCGCACGAUAUGAUGUUCCUUGGAGCAGUGGGAAGCAGGGGAGCCUUGCAAACCUCGCACCACCCACUCCGGGGGACACAGACCAAACCUUUCUGCGAAGCAUCGCUGACAAGCCAGCGAACAAGAAAGCCCUGCACAAGGGGAAAGCAGCCAAGGCGAAAUCUAAUCGAAGCAAGCCAGCCCGUAGGUAG